GUAUUACUUUUCAGGUGGGUAGUUUCCAAAAUGGCUUCUUGUUCUUCUUCAACAGCAGCUAUGGCUAUGGCUAUAACCAUUUUUCUGUUUUUGUUGAGCUUUGUUACACCUGUGUUUCUUGCUAAACCUGUACAUCAUGCUCACCAUCCUCGUUUUGCUUCUCAUAACUAUAGAGAUGCUCUUGCAAAAUCCAUUAUUUAUUUUGAGGGUCAGAGGUCAGGGAAGCUCCCUUCUAGCCAGAGGAUUACUUGGCGUAAAGAUUCUGGUCUAUCAGAUGGCAAAGCUAUGGGGGUUGAUUUGGUUGGUGGAUAUUAUGACGCUGGAGACAACGUGAAGUUCGGUUUCCCAAUGGCAUUCACCACCACAAUGCUAUCAUGGAGUGUGAUUGAGUUUGGUGGGUUGAUGAAAGGAGAGCUACUGAAUGCAAAACAAGCCAUUGGUUGGGCUACUGAAUAUCUUCUCAAGGCCACAGCCCAUCCAGACACCAUUUACGUUCAGGUUGGAGAUGCAGGAAGUGACCACUCUUGUUGGGAGAGACCUGAGGAUAUGGACACCCCAAGAAGUGUGUACAAAAUUGACAAAAACACUCCUGGGACUGAAGUUGCUGCUGAAACUGCUGCUGCUCUCGCUGCUGCUUCCUUAGUCUUUAGGAAAUGCAACCCAUCUUACUCCAAGAUACUAAUCAAAAGGGCCAUCAGGGUGUUUGCCUUUGCUGAUAAGUAUAGAGGUUCAUACAGCAAUGGUCUGAGAAAAGUAGUGUGCCCAUACUACUGCUCAGUUUCGGGAUAUGAGGAUGAGCUGUUGUGGGGUGCUGCUUGGUUACAUAGAGCCACAAAGAACCCAACUUAUCUCAAUUAUAUCCAAAGGAACGGGCAAACUCUUGGGGCCGCGGAGACUGAUAACACAUUCGGGUGGGACAAUAAGCAUGUUGGAGCAAGGAUUCUUCUUUCCAAGUCAUUUCUUGUUCAAAAGCUUCAAACUCUCCAUGAUUACAAGAGCCACGCAGACAACUACAUUUGCUCCCUAAUUCCAGGCACACCGGCUUCUCAAGCGCAAUAUACACCAGGAGGGCUACUCUUCAAGAUGGAUGAUAGCAACAUGCAGUAUGUUACCUCCACUUCUUUCCUGCUAGUCACCUAUGCCAAGUACUUAACUUCUGCUCGCAUGGUUGUUAAAUGUGGUGGAGUUGUUAUUACACCAAAGAGGCUUCGAAAUGUAGCCAAAAAACAGGUGGACUAUUUGUUAGGAGACAAUCCACUAAAAAUGUCAUACAUGGUGGGAUAUGGAGCAAGGUAUCCACAGAGGAUUCAUCACAGGGGAUCCUCAUUACCCUCAGUCGCGAACCAUCCAGCAAAGAUACAAUGCAGGGAUGGUUUCAGUGUGAUGAACUCACAAUCACCAAACCCGAACGUACUAGUAGGGGCUGUGGUAGGUGGUCCUGAUGAGCAUGAUCGUUUCCCAGACGAGCGUUCAGAUUACGAGCAAUCUGAACCUGCCACUUACAUUAAUGCUCCACUUGUUGGAACACUCACUUACCUUGCUCACUCAUUUGGCCAACUCUAAAGUCAAGUGUGUAGUAGAAUCAAGAAUGAAGCCAUGUUGGUCUUUGUUUUUACUUUUUCUAAUUGCCUUGUUGAUCACUAGUAGUAAUAUAAUAUAUAGUCUAAUCUAAAUGGGGAUGUGCUGGUGUUGUGGUUGUAUUGGCUGAGACCCUAAAAAAGAGGCUCCAGCCCCCAACCAACCCCCCCCUCCUAUGCACACAGGCCAAAUGCUGUUUCAUUGUUAGCAGCAUAUUUGCCUUGUUGGAGCAUAUGUUGUUACUAGUAUUAUUAAUAUUUCUAUAGUGGAAGCUUUCUUGUUUUAACUUUCAUGUUAUCCGCUUUUAACAUGUUGGUUAAC